AUGGAGAAUGGCCUAUCAGUCUUUGCCAAUCAUUUCAACACUCAGCAUUCGUCUGAAUUUUUUUAUUUUCGAAAAGAAUCACCAAUUCUCAGUGACAUCCCACUGAACAUUUCUCUUCUCCGCUGUUUUUCAAGCGCACUUGAUGUUUUCGAAAUCAAGUCUUCGGCUUUCGUUGCAUGGGUUUGCCGGUCCACGGUUUUCCUCGUUCCACUGGCUUGA